AUUUCAAUUUUUAAUCUUAUGGUGAAAAAUACGGUAAUGAUUUUCUGAAUCACAACACACAGCAAAGCCGGCUACAGGAGUUAUAAAUAGCAUCAUGGGCUGAUGGUGAAGGCAUAACAAAUGUUGCUAAUACGAAGAAUGUUAACCAUGCCGUCUUAAGAAAAAGAAUUUAUUUUAAACAUCUUGUUUGCGAGGCUUUUUUUCUUCAACGGAAGGCAAGUAGAAAAAAAGGCCUAUAUUGUUAUUCCAUGGAUGUCGCAUACGCAGCAUGUCAAGAACUUUUGGCAUGGAGUAUUAGGAGGUUAUUUCUUCUUUGAAAAAAAAACUGUAUCCCGAGUCCAUCGAAUCUGCCAGUUUUAUUUUUAUAAACAGAGACUUAUUUUUGGUUACUAAUUUACCCGGUUAUUGCACCCGCCGCUCUACCUUAUCCAUCGUUCACCAGAAAUAACCCUCGGAGCCGCCAAAGGUGUCUCGGGAGGGCCAGGCAGGUGCCGCUAACGUGGCACAAAAGAAUGGCGCCACUGGCAAUGAAUGGUGGGCGGAAGUGAAGCAGUUGGACGUCCAUCAGUCGGCAUGCUCAUUUCGCAACAACGACGACUCGUUGUCUGACCUCGUGGCUAAGAAGGGUGCACCUUAAAACAUUUUUCCGACUGCGUUCAGUGCACAGAGAGCAGGUACAGGACAUGAUCUUCCCAACGCGGCCAACUGUUUAACAACUCGUGAAGCAGUCGGAGGUGGCAGAGCCGUCCAUAAAAAAGACAUUUCAUUCACUCAAACGCCAGUCAGGAAGGAACCAUACAAGGAAAUGAAAAUAAAUCUACAAGGGGUUAAGUCCUUGUCAAGGUGUGGCCUGAGCGUUUAGGAGCGUGUUUCUACUACGACGGUGGCUGGCGACACGACGACCGCCAGGCGAAGGUUACUUGCGUCCGCUAGCACUCUACGCACCAGGGGCACCAUGUUUCGAGUGCUGGAGACUGAGGAGGGUCUGGUGCAAGUCAAAGUCGACGAAGUCGGAAACAUACUCUGGUCUCGUCUGAGCAACGAAGAUAAAAGCUCUUGCAUCUUCUCAGAAUCAAAGUUUUCAAAAAUCGAUAGUCAGGACAUACUGUACGCAUGCGUCAAACGUCGGGAGCACGAGACAUCCGGACGACCAGCAUCGCGCCUGCGCACUCACAGCCUGACCCUGCAGCACACACUUCGCCGCAGCAGUCACCGCUUGCGCGUGAAAACACAGGAAUUCUUUGGGUCACACAGGGAGUGUCAGGAACUGGCACAGGGCAUCCAGCGGACAAGAGGACAGGCUGGUUGGGGGCCACGGAGGCUUCUAAUCCUGAUAAACCCUGCCAGUGGAUGCGGACACGGUGAGCAGGUCUACCGACGUCGAGUGGAACCCAUUCUGCGGGCCUGUGACGUCACCACGGACGUUUUCAUUAGUUCCUCGGAAGGGGAGGCGUCGAAGCUCCUUCAAAACUGUAAACUGGAAGACAUAGAUGGGGUGAUCGUGGUCGGUGGGGAUGGCUUCGCUAACGAGUGCAUACACGGCCUUGUCCUUCGUGCCCUAGCUGACGCCAACAAGGACGCAAGAGACCUUGACCUUCACCUGUUACCCCCACCUGUUGCUAUCGGGAUCAUACCAGCAGGCACAGGCAACUGGCUGGCAGAGCAGGUGUACCUGAGCCAGGACCCCAUCACCGCCACCAUCCACAUUCUCCGAGGUUCCGUCGUUCAUGCCAGCGCGGUCAGUCUCCACGUGCCGGGGCAACUGGUGCGAGUGGCCAACCUCGUCCUACAUUUUGGCCUCAUCGGUGACCUCAUGCACUACUGUCAGCAGUCGCGCUGGAUGGGAUCAGCGAGGUACUCGGUGCUUCCUCCUGCCGCCCUCCUGAAAAGACGCACAGCCUCGGUCGCAAUGGACAUGUAUCUCGCUGAUAACAGUGACGACGACGAUGAUGAUCUCAUACAGAGCUUUCCCAUGAAGCAACACUUUGCCUGGGAGGACCAAGAUGGUCGAGCUGAUCGUGUCAGCAAUCAGGUGUACAACAUCGGGGUGCACGUCAACAGGGUGCUGACACCGGACGGGGUGCUGCGGUCUAGCCUUCGGCCGCCCCACCAUGGCCACCCAGGUGAUCGGCAGGUGCACGCUUGGCGGGCUGGUCAGGCAUCUGACUAAAGUCAGGGACGAAGUACCUGGCCAGAAUGAUUUUAGCUUCGUGGACUGUCGCGAGCUCAAGGCUUUCUCUGUGAAGCUGAAUGACACCAGCACUCGGAAACAAAAAUGGUAUUUUAACUGCGAUGGAGAGAGCAUCCUACUGACCGCAGACAGCUUCCACGUCAGGCUACACCCAAAAGUGAUCCCUCUGUUUGGCAAUUUGAGUACGAAGUGAAGGCAACAACAUCUUCGUGACAAGUGAAUUCUUCUUUUUGGAGUCUUCCCCGGUGACAUCCCUCCUUCGCAGAGGUGGAAAACUUCUAUGUGACAAUGUGAGAUACGAUUUCUCUACACUGGCUUCUUAUGUGACACGCUGACAAACAAUUCUCCCUUGAGUGGUCUGUUUACAAUGUAAAAAAUAAGGUAGAGGUCGUCCCUUGACCUUUAAGAUUGUUGGGGGGUAAGUGGGUGGAUGUGAAGUGUUAGAGCCUCACUUUUGUCGGGGUCAACUUUUUUUUUUUUUUGUGUAAGGGCGGUGCCCAUCUCUCUACCUCACUGCCUUAGCUUUCCCAAAUCCUCUAUGGGGUCAGGUACCCGUUCCCGACAGCUGAUGGUUUUUACGACUACGGGGAGUUCACUACACUACACGGGUAUCGAACCGACGAAUUGUUGGGUUGGGAUGCCAGUUCUCUAAAAAUUCGGCUAUCCGCUUCAUCGCUCCAUUAUCACGUGAAGCUGACAGAGGAGUGAUUUGGCAGUAUGAUUGUGUCUGACAAGGUUAUCAAACUGACCCAAGUCAACGAGUGUGAUGAUGGUAUUCAUAAGAACCACGACACAAAUCCAUUAUUCAUAUAAGCGCACACGAAACCGACAAUCUACAUUAUAUCUAUAUAUUUUGAAGACACGGAAUGCAAUUUCUGUUUGUGUGUGUGUGUUUUUGAGAGAUAGAGAGAGAGAAAAAAAAACACUCUAGUAUGAUGCUUUUUCAUAAUUCAAGUAACAUGAAAUUCAAAUGGUAAUACUUAAUGUCUGCGCUAUGAUGCUGGCCUUUUGAGUGGAACAGCCAGCAUCAGAACACCAGCUAACUUCUCAGUUUAUUUAACAUUUGUUUACUGCACGAGAAAUAAGAGUAAUGCAAUGUUCCGCGUGUACGCGCGUGUGUUGGUAUAUUUCAGUUUUGAAGCGUUUUUUUAAAUACUUGUAUCGUUAUUGCGUUAUUAGAAGUUUUAAUAUUAUGUUUGUCUUCUUUACGCAUAUAUUUACAAUUCAUUUGAGAACUUUUUAUUAUUUACAAAUGUAUCUGUUUAUCAAAAUAUUGCUUCUUCGCUGACACUGUAAAAUGUCCGAAAUGGUUUCAAAGAAACUGUUAAUUUCUUAUGUCUGUCUUAGGAUAAUUAUGUGUAUUAUUGAGUAAAUGUGAAUCUAUAUGCAAGUGCAUAUGUGUGUGCGUGCGUGCGUAUGAGUUCUUACUCGUAUAUGUCUGUCUAUGAAACCAUUUAUUGUUUAUUGCUCAAUUAAUGUUAGAUCGUAGAGAGACAACAAAAAAGAAGAAAAGAAACAGAUAAAAGAAAAAAAAAAAAGGAAAGGACUAAAGCGUUUUGCCAGACACGAACUUGAACUCGAUUAUAAUUAUGCCCUGAACUGUUCCCUUUCGUGCCGUUGUCCACUUCAACUUCUCACCACAUUUGUUCUCUUGUUUUUGGCUUUGUUUGGCUGCUUUUUGUUCACAGGCCAUACAGAACUAUGUUUUUAUCUAGAACCUGCCUGGUUAGUGUCUUACUUUCACGGCAAAGUUGCAGUCUUAAACUCGAAAGUCCUUUUUAACUUUUUUUCUCGUCUUGCUUUUGCUUUACAUUUAUUAAAAAAAUAUUCAAGUUCUUGAUACCACAUCAGCUUUGCUCAACCAUUCAGUUUACUUGUCUAUUUAGAUUUUUUCUUACUGUUUCAAACUCUAUAAUAAUAUGCAAGUGCCUAAGCUAGUACUCAACAGGUAUGAUUGUCCCUUAUCUAUUUAUGCUAAUGUCUAUGCAAGAUAAAUUACUUUUACUGACAUAUGUAUAGACAAACUGAACCAUAAUCACUUCAUUAAAUUUUUAUGACGUGUCACAUUUCCCGCAUUGUUACACGAAAUUAAACAAUAAAAGGUUUCGUUUGCUCAGUUUCGCUGUUUCGUCUCUUAAUUCCACUGCUACGUAAAUGUGUGA